GGUACUCUCUCUACUGCAUCCACCCCCGCCCCGACCUCCGAAACAUACUGUACUCGUACUCCUUCCCCUAGUGUGUAAAGGCGACCGGACCUCCACUUCCAUUCUCUCUCUCAACUAAGAAAAAACGGGACCUCCACAAGUUUUGUGAGUUAUCCCGUAGCAUGUCAGCCCAAGGUAAACAUAUCCCCCCGGUGUCCGGCAACCCGUCUCGAAAAGAGUCAUCACAUCAUACUCCGUACAUACGGGGAACUCAGUAAGAACUUAUUUUGGGUAGGUAAGAAUAUCAACUCAUAUGGGGCAAGGAAAAACAAAUCUACAACUCCGAAACCUUCUCUCUCUCCCUCUCUCUCUCUCUCUCUUUUGCGAGAAUACAGAAUACUUAUCUACCAAGAUAUAUUACCCUCCCAUUUGCUAUUAUUUCCCUCCCCUGCCCUACUCCAUUUAGUAAUACUUACCUACUAUUCCUCCUCCAGGUAUAUAUAUAAGUUGGUAUUCGCAAGUUCUCAAGAAACCCUCCUUCCCCCCCCGGCAUAUUCAUACCGAACGACCGGCCUAUUCCACAACCGACAAGAUACACCGUUCAAAGUAACUGUUUUAAACGAUGUCUAACAACAGCCACCACCAACACCAAUUAUAUCAUAAUAUUUACUCGUUGUGUUCCAUACAAGUGAGGUAUACCAUUGCCAUUGCCAGUAAACCUCGUGAUGGUUUACCACCGAUGCAAUUCCAAGAGGUCGAGGUCGACCUAUUCAACGAUGGACAGUUGGAUGAACACUUUUUGACCAAGGUCAAUCGUAAGGGACAGGUCCCAGCACUCACUGCUCCCACACUCGAUAAACCCAUGGCCGACAGUUUGGAAAUCACCCAUUAUCUAAUCGAGCACUAUCCAGAUUUGACACCAAAGGAACACAAGGACGAGAGUCUGAGACUACUCAGGGCAGUACACGCAUUGAACUAUUUCGCCCUUUCCUUCCCCGACCGUCCGCACGUCGUCGCAGGUUUCGUCAAGUCUAUCAAUGACCGACUUGCGAGGGACGACAUCAGCGAUGAAUACAGAAGUGCCCUGGAAUACAAGUUAUCAGUUACCAAUGCCGAGAAAGUCGAGGGCAUCAGGCCAGAAGCGGUUCGUGCCAACGAAGAAGCUGCACGCAAUCUCAUGAAAACGUGUGAAGCGCUUCUCUCCGAAGAUGCACCUUGGCUAUUUGGAUCCAGCCGACCAACGGUUCUAGAUGCCCAUUUGAUCAUCGUGCUGGGUCGGUUGCAGGAUGUGGGAAGGACCGCUGUCGUACCUGACCGCCUGCAAAGAUACGCUGACAUGGCGUUUGCUACCCCGGAGCUACAGAGUGUCAUGCAGGGAAGGAGAACUAUGGUUCCAAAGUCUGGGUCCACUUAAAUUCUUCUGUGUAAGCAAGAGGACGUCUCCGAAGGUAGAUAGUGCCGAGCAGAGAGAGGUGAAGAUGUCGCUUAUCCCUGGGUACAGGUAGAUGAAGAACGUGAUCUGAUCAAUCAAACAAGGGUUUA